UUUCAAAUUUCAGUUUAGUGUGUUUUGUGAAACAGGUAACAUGGCCGAGAAACUAGAUGCUAUCAUUUUUGGUGCCACCGGAUUUACCGGUAAAAUUGUCGUUGGAGAUGCAUUAGAAAUAUUGAAAAAUUUCAAAUGGGGUAUAGCGGGCAGAAAUGAGGGUAAAUUGCAGCAAGUCUUAAAAGAAGUGGGCGAGAAGGUUGGAAAAGAUUUGUCACACAUACCCAUCAUUGUGGCUGAUGUCAGCGAUGAGACCUCUAUAGAUAAUAUGGCUAAAAAGUGCAAGAUUGUUUUAAAUUGCUGCGGACCCUAUCGGUUUUAUGGCGAAACUGUCGUGAAUGCUUGUGUAGCAAACGGUACCCAUCAUAUCGAUAUCAGCGGUGAACCUCAAUAUAUCGAUAAAAUGCAACUGAAAUACAAUGAUUUGGCUGAGGAAAAAGGUGUAUAUGUAGUAUCAUCAUGUGCUUUUGAAAGUAUACCAACUGAAAUGGGUGUGGUGUUUGCUGAGAAGAACUUCCCGGGCACUUUAAAUUCUGUGGAACUAUUUUGGGAAACUAAUGUUAACUACCAAGAUCCAUCAUCGAAGGCUAUAUUGAAUAGCGGCACUUGGGAUAGCGCAGUCUAUGCCAUGCAACAUGUAUGUGAAAUGUUGCGAUUACAAUUCAAAUUGAAUAGGCAGAGAAUGCCAUCGCAGCGACCAAAAUUGGGAAUGAAACUAUUACCCCACAAAAGUGAGGGUUUGGAUACUUAUUUCAUGCCAUUCCCCAACACAGAUCGUGCAUCUGUUCUGAGAUCUCAACGUUUGUCUUAUGUCUUGGAGAAAAAGAGACCCAUACAAUUUGAAAUUUACAAAGGAUUUAAAUCUUAUUGGACCGCUUUUACGUUGCCAUUUUAUUUAUUCUUCUUAAUGGUAAUGGCUCAAUUCAGUUGUACACGCAAUCUAUUACUUAAACAUCCCAAAUAUUUCACAAACGGUCUGAUGUCUGCCGAAGGACCAGUACCAGCAAAUAGAAAAUCAUUAGAAUUUUCCAUGACCUUUAAAGGCAAAGGAUGGACCAAGGACUGUCCAGAGUCGGUACCACCUAACAAAGAGGUGGUAGUUAGAAUUAGUGGAAAUGAUCCCUGUUAUGGUUUCACCAGUGGUGCUCUCUUGACCUGUGCUAAAGUCAUACUGCAAGAGCAUAAAAAUAUGCCAGGAAGUGGCGGCGUUAUUCCACCAGGCUUUGCUUUUGCCAAAACCCAGUUGAUUGAAGAGUUGAUUCGUAACAUUUCUGGUUUGAAAUUUGAAGUUGUAAAAACAUGAAUCUAUUUAAUAGUAUAAAUAAAC